AUGACAGUCAAAGUGUUCGUUACCGGAGCCACUGGCUACAUUGGGGGUGACGUCUUGUAUCACCUACACCAGAAAUAUCCUGAUUUCGAGUAUGCGCUUCUUGUUCGCUCCGAUAGUAAGACAAAGAAGGUGCUUUCACAGUAUCCGAAAGCCCGGAUCGUCAUUGGCGGCCUUGAUGACUCCGCAUUGCUGGAACGUGAGGCCGCAUGGGCUGAUAUUGUAAUUCAUACUGCCGACUCAUCGGACCAUGACGGUGCUGCGACGUCUAUAGCCAAAGGGCUCGUGCAAGGCCAUUCUGCCUCUCGACCUGGAUUCUGGCUGCACACUGGUGGUACUGGCAUUCUGACUUACUUUGACUCGGAAGUCAAGAAGACAUUUGGAGAGCCUGAUGACAAGGUGUUCAAUGAUCUCGAGGGUGUAGGAGAGCUAGUGAACCUGCCCGCUGCGGCUUUCCAUCGCAACGUGGACGAGAUCGUCCUGAACACCGGUAUUCAACAUGCCGAUGCGGCCAAGACAGCUAUCAUUUGCCCACCUACAAUCUACGGUGAGGGGCGUGGACCCAGCUCUGGUCGCGGACGACAAGUAUACGAACUUGCUUCCUUCGUGCUGAAAGAGCAGUGUUGCCCUCGCAUCGGGAAGGGUCUCUCUCGAUGGAAUAACGUCCAUGUCCGUGAUCUGAGCAAAGUGUUUGAACUACUCGUACAAGCUGCAUUAGAUCCAUCUUCAAAGGAUGAUCCCGAGAUUUGGGGGGCACAUGGUUACUUUUUCACUGAAAAUGGUGAGCAUGUCUGGGGCGAUGUGUCCGUGGCUACCGGCAAGGAAGCCCACAAGCAAGGGUACAUUAAAGGCGGGACUCCCGAGCUUCGAGACUGGUCAAUCGAUGAGGCUGUCAAAUCAUCGGCAGGAUUCGAAGCGGCAAGUUGGGGCAUGAACUCCCGUGGUGUGGCCGCGCGAGCGAAGAAAGUCCUUGGCUGGAGACCACAGGAGAGGAGUCUCAGCGAUGAGCUCCCAGAUAUUGUUCGAUCUGAGGCAGCCAGAAUGGGACUUUAA